AUGAUGAAUAGCAUUUUAUCAACGGCAAAAUCACUUUGUGUACCACAUUAUAUCACCAACAUUUUAUUAUGUGUUAUUUAUUUUUUCCUUAAGACAGUUCAACCUUUUUGUACAAUAUUAUUUAAUGAUUGCCAAUUGGAGUUGAAAGAAUGGGAAUGGUUAACAUUCCUGGGUUGCAUAAUUGUGAUAAAAAAUAGGAAACAAGCUAAUUUUUUAAACUACCUUUCUACUGCUUGUAUGUUUGGUAAAGCUCUUAAUUUCUUGUUGUUCUUCAAACAAGGCCCAUUCUAUGGACUGGGCUAUGCAAUUCUGUGCCUAUUGCAUUUAAUCUAUUGUCCUGAACCUGUUUAUUCUGGACCAGAAAAUUUUACUUACUUCAGAGGAACAAAUUUAGUGGAUGAGCUUGAACGUGAUAAGAGAAAUACUUGGGUUGUAGCAUUUUAUGCUGCCUGGUCUCCGUCCUGCAUCAGCUUUGCACCAAUAUUUUCUGAGGUUUCUGCUGAGUACUCAUUGACUAAUCUGAAAUUUGGUAAGCUAGAUGCUUCCAGAUAUCCAGAAAUUGCCAAAAAGUAUAAUAUUGACACAAGCACUUGGUCAAAACAGCUUCCAACUGUAAUUCUUUUUCAAGAUGGUAAAGAGAAAAUGCGACUUCCAUAUUUCGAUGCCAAGAACAGGGUCGUUAAAUAUUUCUUCCAAAAAGAAAACAUGACCCGAGAUCUGGGUUUAAAUGAUGCCUAUCAGCAGUGCAAGAAGACAGCCCCUAAGGAAAAGAAACCAAAAACUCAAAAAGAAAUGAAUGCAUCUGAAGGAAAAGAUGCUAAUUCUAAGAAGAAAGAUUAA